GUGUUUGUAUGGAUGGAAAUAAACGGCCACAAGGUGCAGCCAAAGGGAAUACUCGCCUCCUUGUUUCUUUCCACGCUCCUACAAAAUGAUAAUAUUAAGGUCUGCUCACCUUGUCCAUGGGAUGUGUCCUCCACCAGCGGGAGCACUGGGCGGUCUACCAGGCUGUCUCCCUGAUUAACCAGAGCUUCUUUCAGAACCUCGAACCCGUUUAACACCACCAUCCAUUUCUGACCAAAUCGAAGGCUGUACACAUCUCCAUAUCUCCCAGCUAACUGUGAGAGGAGGAAAAGCAUGAUGCUUAACAUAACAGAUCACACAAGCAGUCCCAUUAGGAAACCUUUAACAUUUUUAACGGCCUAUUUUUUUUUGACAUCUGUUACCUGUGUCAGACUCUCAUGGGUCCUUUUGUAAUCCACAGUGAAUAUGUUGCCCAGGAUAGGAAAUGCCCGGGGCCCUGGAGGGAAGCUUCCCAGCCGACGGUUCUUAAUAUAAUCUGUAGUGAGGAUGAAGACUACAGUGAAGAGCAGCAGACCUUUGACAUCCCAGUUAAUAUAGGAUCCAAGUACAGAAAAGAUUGAAUCCAUUCUGUAAUCAAGGACUCAAGCCUGUCUAAAUAAAGCCUGUGUUUUCCUUGCCUUUCUUGUCACAUAAAAACUGGUGUGUUGCCAAGAGCCAGUCAUAUAACCUACAGUAUCUCUCCAAGUAUAGGAGAGGCUCACUAUUAUCUCAUGGCAACAUAUCAAAAGCCGAAUGGUUGCACUGGACUCUGCCCUCUCAAUACUUAGUAAAGGCUUGAAAACACUGUUAAUCAGUGACCUUAACAAUUGCUCUGAUUUUGCAGUGUAGGGAAUAUAAUUUGUUUGUGACGAAGGUAAAGUGUAAUCUCAUCGUAUAUAAAACAAAGAGGCAGCCAAAAUUAAAAUGAUGAGAUACCAGAACUUAAUGUUUAUUGUGUUCACAGAAUAACUGGUCAACACUGCACAGGUGAUCAAGUAAUACUUAGUGUUAACAUGUGUUAGUGUCGUUUAAAAUUUACACUAAACAACUGUUGAGUUAAACUACUGAUACUGGGUACAUGGUCCACUGGAAUUAUUAUUAGAGGGAACUGUAGAAUCUGUCCCAUCACCCAUGUACAUUAAUCACUCCAAAAAGUAGUGCAAUAAAAAAACAAGGGCUUCACAUUACAUUUGACAAAACAGGGCACUCAAAUAACCAUGAACAACUACAUUGUACAAUAUUAUAAACAUGAGGUAGCUAAUGACUCGCUUUCACAGCCGUGUGGCCCAGCAUGUUAGGCAUAGAUGCAAACUGUUGCCACAAAUCAUUGGCGUAACUCGCCAAUGAUUUUAGUGUGAUAAUUAAUUUAGCUGGUGUAGAACUACUUCUCAACACAUGAUGGUAGUAUAGAGCUUUAUAAACUUGGCCGAUGGAAAUGACACAACCAAUUUCAAAAUAAAACACAAUAAACGCUUCAUUAAAAAACAAAACUCGCAACUUUUGUUGUGAAAAACGCUACUGAGUGAGUGACAGGCUAAAUGUUAUCUUAUAACUAAUGCUAUUAUAAACGUUAUAGUUAUAUAGUAGGAUGUAGUGACUCCAGACAUCCUAAACAAAGUUGUUGAGCGUGAAGUUUGUUUUGAAAGUCCCAUGACCGGAAAUUGUGUGGCUAGUUUUUCGCUAACUUCGUAGCUAACCGCUGUGCUCGUGUGACCCUCCGUGUCCUCCAACACUCGAGAUUUGACAGACGGACAUCGAAGGACAAGAACACCAAAAAUCAUGGUCUUCGAGGAGAAGAUGAUAAUGAACGGAGAGCCCAAGGAUGAGGAGGAGGAGGAAGAAGAAGAGGAGGAGGAAGACAUGGUGGAUCCCCUUGAAACGAUGCGACAGAAGUGUGAAGAGACGGAGCACUGCGUUCACACUCGGGAGCGUCUGGAGCAUUGUGAGACCAGAGUUGGCUCCCGGUCUUCGACAGCGGAGGAUUGUACCGAGGAGCUGUUUGACUUCCUGCAUGCCCGCGACCACUGCGUGUCACACAAACUGUUCCAUUCGGUCAAAUGAAGUCCUCCCUGACGGUUGCACUACUGGCUGAUGACAUUCUUCAAAUAUUAUGAGGAGAACAUUGUUUUAAAUACAUCCAUAUGUGGAUCUGCUGUAUGUUGUAACUUUAAAUGUAUACAUUACUGUAUCUGUAUAAGUAUUUAACAAGGUAGCCUGAGUCAAUAUUUCAUUAAAGUGGAUGGCUUGAAAACCUUA